CUCACACCCGGCGGUGCAGUGUAGCUGCGCACGCACACAGCAGAGAGGACCGCGUACAACUAGUCGAAUCUCGGCCAAACACACAAAUAGAGAGAUGUCAGAGUCUGCAGGCCGCAGUUCCUCGGUCUCCUCCAUCUCUUCUAUCUCUCUGGUGGAGAUCAAGGCUGAGACUCAUCUCGUCCUGCAAGCUUUCCUCCAUCGGACCCUUUCCAUCCCCCUGAAAGAGAGGCCCGGCACAAUAGGAGGGGUCUACAAAGAUCACAGCAAGUACAGCUCCAAGCCUCAACCAAAAGCAAAGGAUGGGAGGGAUUCUCCAGCUGUAGAUGUCUAUUCAGCAGACGAGAAGAAGACUGGAUUCAAGGACUUUAUUAAGCAGCUGCCUCGUAAUAACACCAUACGCCGUCCCGCCAAAGACCCUAAAGGCUCAUUGGACAGGGACAGUAGGGCAAAACCCAUCAGAGACCUAUCAGAAGAUGAUGUCAUAUCCCCUUCCUCUACAUCCGAAGAAGAUGACAGCGAGAAGAAACAGCCGAAGAAGCUGAACCAGAAGAAGAUAAAAAGAAAGCUCUCCAGAUUCUUCAGGUUAAAGUUAGAGAAAGACAAAGACAAAGAGGGGCAUGGAACUCCUCCUCUGAGGCCUUCCACGUUGUCACUUGACAAAGACCUAGAGCCUGCACCGGCAAUCAUGUCUCCCAACCACCCUCCUGAGUUCUAUAAUGAAGUCGCAGAGAAGCUGGAAAAGAUUGCCCAGCGGUCCACCAGUAUAAAGAGACAGAGUCCCACAGCCCAGCCUCCACCAGUGGUGUGUGAGAAAGAAUCCGUGGUGCAGCAGCUCUCUCAGGUGCUGUCGUUGGAGGGAGAUUCUAUGAACACUAAGAUCCAGUCGGACCCCUUCCUACGCUCCAGCUUGGCUCGUCUCUCCUAUGCAUCAUUUGCCAAGCUUCUAGACACUUUCAGCGGCAGUCAGGUAUCAGGGGCAGCAGCCCUGCCGCCAACUGCUAGUCCAACGCUACGACGCAUGGCUGUCACCAUGGAGGUAUCACGCCGGAUAGUGACAGCCACAGGAGCCCAGCGCAUGCAAGGAUAUGCAGAGUGCUACAUGGAGACCUUUGCCCCCUGGGUCAAGAGCCAAGGAGGAUGGGAGAAUGUGGUAUAUUUGGAGGAGCCUGCAGAGUGCGACUGAGUUCUCAGAGCUCCCAGGCUGGUCAACACUGAGCUUUGGAUGAUGACAUCAAAAUGAAGAGAGGAGGAUGGACCUUACUCUGCUUUUCCACACUCUCAUCUGGACUGUGACAAGGUUCCAGAAGCCUCUUUGAUUUAUGCUCAUCUGGGAUCUGGUCAUCAGAAAGUAUGUUCACGAGGGGUUACUGUUUUGACAUGGUCAGAAUAAGAAGCUAUUUGUUAUAUUGAUCAGUGUGGAUUAUUUUAUCAAAAGGCCAGUCACUCACUUUAGCAGGAUGUAAUUAGUAAUGAGUUCUGAUGGGUGGUUUACAUUUAAGCCUCUCUAACACACUUUUCAGUAACAUUAACACAACAAACACUACCAUGUUCAUUUUUAUUUUAUUGUUGUUGUUUGUUAAAGGAGCAAUCUCAACCAUUUGAUUAAAAGACUAUCACUGUCAAAUUCAUUGACAGCUCUUUUGGUACAGAUUCAAGACUUAAACACUGAAUCUACGGGUAUUUCUAUUGUUUACAUCAUUCAUGUUUAAACAUAAUUAAAGUGAACAACAAUGUGAAAAUUGGUUUAAAAAAACAGAUUAUGCUUUUAUGUAAUAUUAUGUUUUAUAUAUAUUUUAUAUCUGCACAGUUGGCACAAAGGACGAGGUACAGUGUAUUUUCAUUGUGUGAGGGGCAGCGAUGUGAUGUGAUUUCCCUGCAUCGCUGGAUCCCACUAGUGGUGAAGGAAACUGUUCUUUUGCUAUUUAAGUAUUUUAUUUUUAAUUAUAUUUUUAUUCGCAGUUUUACUUUGACAUCAGAGGAAAAAGUGUCAAUGCAGGAUCUAUUUAUUAACAAUAAUCUCUAAGAAGGAGUGGGGCUUGCAGAGAAAUGAGGGUGGCAGGUGUGAAGAACAGAAACAACCCCCACCCAUUUGUAAGGACAAAUAUUUAUUUAAUUCACACAUGUUUUAAAAUCAUGUGUAUACUUCUUGGGUUUUUUUCUUCUAUUUUUAUAAGCAUCUUCAAAUGACUCUCAUGUGACACUUUACUGCCUGAAGAUACAUCUUGAGUUUCCACACACAGACUACAUGACAGGGCCUGUUUUCUACAUUUUAGUCUGGAACAUCACUGGCAUUGAUUCAGCUUGGUCAAAUAUGAACCACGAUUACAGGUGGACAUGACUCGCCAUAUGUCUGACUAUUUAAACAAGGUGUUAAAGAUAAAAAAUUAAGCAUUCUCUAACUGCAUGCUUCAUGUCUCUCCUCACAUGUAUUUAGACGCUACUUUUGGUCGAUGGUUUAGGAGUAUUUAGAGGCAGCAGUAUGUACACUUACAGUACACUUUUCAGGCUGUGUCUACAAGGUUGUCAUUUUGAUUGGUUGCUAAUCAAGAGAUUCUAUACAGAGCUGGUCAGAGGCAGAGAUCCUUUGCUCUAAUUAGAAAAGUCACUGAGUUGGCAAAAUGAAACUGCAAUAAAACACAUUAGUGAAGAUUGCCAUAUGAUUCAAACAGUCUCCAUAAUACUAAUGGUAUAUGAUCUCACUGUUUUGCUCUAACACAACUUGUUACAAUACAUGCAGCAAUAAAGUAUUAAUAUAAAAAUAUUGCUGUGAUGAUUCGAUGAAAUAGAUUAAAAUGAAAGCACUGUAAAGUCACUGUACUUCACUGCAUGAUCAAAGUGCUCAUAUGGUAUAGGAAUAAUAUUCAAGGCUUAAAAUGAAUAACAAGUGAGCUAAGUGCUAUGUAUAAAUGUUUUUAUUUUAGUUUAGUUUUUUCUUCUCCACCUCCAACAUUUUUCUUGCAGUCCUACUAAGUAACAUGAUGCAUCUUUUGUUGUUUCAUGACACAAAAAUAUUCCUAUACGAGACAAAAUUCUAAAAUGAGCAACACUGGAAUAAAAAUAGUGUAAAAUA